GAGAGAGGGAGAGAGAGAGGCAAGUCCAUUGGGCUUCCAUUUAAAGGUGCGGCCCGUCAUACUGUUUCCAACAGGACCACGGAGAACACUCAUGAAACGACUCUGACAACGUGCUCUGCUUACAAAUGUUUGAAUACACAUGAGAAUAAUUGUGCAAAUGCGCACUUUCAAAAUAAUCAAACAGAAACAUCAUGGAUGUUCUGAAAGGUACAAUUCAAAUUCUUAUCUCAAGUCACAGUAAACAAAAACUGGAAAUAAACCGCAAUGCUUUAGAUUAUUUAGCAUCAUAUUUAGCAUCAACAACCAUAUAAUAUAAUAACCUACGCACAUUGAUAACAGUGACACAAAGAGUGAAGGUUCUAAUGAGGAACAUGAAAGUACAGUACUCAUUAAUACAAUGCUUGUUCUUCAGAAUCAGAAUGUAAUUUAUUGCCAGGGUCAGUGGGGAGCCCACCAACGAGGGAGGUGUUUUGGAAUAAAGUGCUGACAGAAAAAAUCAAAUCAAAUAAAAAGACUCCAACCGUCUGAGGGGAAGAAGCUGUUGCUGUGACGGGAGCUUCUGGUCUGGAUGGAGCGCAGCCUCCGGCCAGAGGGAAGAGGGACAAACAGUCCGUGUCUCCAGGGUGAGAAGGGUGGAAGGCUCCGAUCCUCAUUCUCAUUGGCUUAUCUAGUUUUUACCGCUGCCUUGGCUCAGGUGCGUCCCUCUCCUUGUCAGCAACAUUGUCAUGGUUUUAUCACAUGAUAAGGAACAAUAAUAACAACAUUUGGUGUGUGUUUACAAACGUUUUGAAGAGUUGCUGAUGAAUAUCUAUUACUUCCUGUCACGUGACCAAAUAGAAAAACAAACCGGAAGUCCUGACUUUACAAAACUUAACGUCCAAAUGAAUCAACCUUCCUGUAGCUGUAGUGACAAAAUGUUGAAGCUUUUCUCCUUCAGCCAUUGCUGCUGCUGGCAGAGUGAGUGUUGACAGAGCGCCUAGCGCCACCUGCUGUCGAGUGGAGCCUCGUAAUAUGCUGACCACCUAAAGUUCACCUGGAGCAACAAACACUGAGUCAGUUUGGGUGAAAAUAAGGUGCGAUGUGCCGCUACCGAGUGGCUUUCUAGACAACCCUUUCACUGAGAAUCUGUCGUGUCCAAAAUCGCCAAGUGAAAUGCAACAAUAAUGAAGGAGAUAUUCGCGGCGCCAGCAUGUUUUCUCAGCAGGUUCAUACCACUGACGUGUGUUUUAGACCGUUCAGACACACAUUUAUAUUUUCGUCGUAGUUUACUGAUUUGUUAUAAUAACACUGUGUUGUGUUGUUCAGUGAACCACACUUUAACCAAAAUUUUCAUUUCGAUUGUUAUCCAUUUAAUACAUAUUUUUUAGCCUUGGCAUUUCCCGCCUGAAGUGCCAGCGCCCAUCGUUUCCCGCUGCACGUGAACGCCGCAGCAGAUGCGGCGCCGUGUGCUGGCUCCAUCCAGAGGGCGUUCCUCCUCCGAAGGUCCAGGAGCAGAGGACAGCGAGCCGUGGCGGGCGGACUCGCUUUUCCCAGACGCUUCGCAGAGCUCCGCUUCUUCUUCCCUUCGCGGUGCUCUCACCGGAGCCGCGGCGGCAGCGGAGGCCGGGCCGGCGGCCAUGGACGCCCGCUGUCCCCGCACAGAGCGAGUACGGUAUUCUUUCUGGGCUUGAACAGAAGGUUUAAGGAAGAGUUUGCGCGUCGCUGAUGCUGCGCAGAGUUCAGCCGAGUCAGAGGGGACAUGUCACCUCUGUACGUGCCCAGGAGGAGAAAGGUCGUGCAGCACCACAGUAAAGUUUUCCAGCAGAUGCCAGAAGCAAGUUGUGAUUUAAACCCAGUGGGAUUCAUGAAGACUGAGGAGUCCGUCUCCCGAGACUCUCACGAGCUGAACCAAAACUGUGAUGGAAAGAGGUACGGCGAGCUCCAGAGUGUCUCCAUGAAAACUGCAGAUCUCCCUGUCAUCUGUUCUGUGAUGACAUCAUCUGGUCUGGCCAACGGAACCGAGCUGGUGCCUGCUUCAGAUCGGCUCUCCCCGCCCCUGGUUGUGAAGGAGGUCUGGUCUCAGAACCCCGACUCGGGCUGGACCUCAGGGAGGGGCUCGGAAGCUUGGGAGCCAGUCAGGGACGGACGGCAGGAGCUCUGGAACUCCGGCCGCGCCAGAGCCGGACACGAGCCGGCCUGGGUGCAGGGCAGAGAGUCUUCUGCUUUGGACCAGACCUGGAGUCCUCAUGAGCAGGGCUGGGCCUCUGACAGAGAUGUGGGAGAGGAUGUGUGGCACUCGGGACGAGGGUCGGCGCCACACCAGUCCACCACAGCUCCAGGGCAGAUGUGGGGGAGCGACCUGGGUCCAGGUGUGGAGUGGAGCAGCGAGAGCGGAGACCGAGGAAACGUCUGGAGACCCGAGAUGAACAUGAAGAAGGUGGAGCAAGUGCAGAUGCAGCCAAGAGCCUUCCACUCUCACCCGGACAGACGAGAUUCACGUUCUGGUGGUCUUACUAACAUCUCGCAGCCAUCGACGUCUCAGCUGGAUCUCAAACCUCUGAUCUUCUCCGUGAAGAAGGAGCCGCCCAGCUACCCACCUGGAAGUGAGGAAGAGCGCUGGCAGCUCCAGAUCACAGCCAAGGGCAGAGUCUCCUGUCCGAAGUGUAAGAGUGUGAGCAGGAAGACGGUGGAGGGUUUGAAGAAGCACAUGGAGAACUGCAGGCUGGAGCCCUACACGUGUCCCCACUGUGGGAAGCAGCUCAAGUCAUCGACAGGAAUGAAGUAUCACAUCAUGGCGGACCACAGUCACCUGCCCACUGCAGACGACGCCAGGGAACUGGACGAGCGAGCGAUCAAGGAAAAACUCCGCAAAAUCCUGAAGAAGCUGGGAAAGUUGAAGUGUUCCAAAGAGGGCUGCAGCGCUGCCUUCACCAGUAUUAUGGGAUAUCUGUACCACAUGAGGAAGUGUGGGAAGGAGGAGUCUGAGCUCGAGAAGCUGCUGCUCAACUGUUCUCACUGUGGGAAAACCUACAGGUCCAAGGCGGGUCUGGAGUACCACCUGAAGUCUGAGCACGCUCCUACCACGCUGAAGCUGGAGGAGGACCAGGUGCAGAAGUCGCUGGACGAGGCCAAGCUGGAGCGGACGGCGAGCGGGCGCGUGCAGCGAGCUUCGGCUCAGGUGGCCAACUUCCACCUGGCGGAGAUUGCCAGCAACGAGCUGCCCAAAGACUGGCCCAAGAGGAAGUUUCAGUCGGACCUGGUGCCGGACGACAAGAAGCUGAAGUACUCCCGGCCCGGGCUGCCCUCCUUCAGCCAGGAGGUUCUGAGGAAGUGGAAGAACGAAGUGAAGCUGCAGAAGAAAGUGCACUGUCCCAACCAGGGUUGUGGCAGCACCUACACCAGCGUGUCGGGGCUCAAGGCUCAUCUGGGGCUCUGCACUAAAGGCGACUUUGAAGCAGGAAAAUACAGAUGUUUGAUCUGCAGCAAAGAGUUCAACUCUGAGAGCGGCGUGAAGUAUCACAUCAACUCGGUCCACUCGCAGGACUGGUUUGUGACCAACAAGAAAGCUUCCAAGAAGUUCGAGCAGUUCCUCAAGAGUCAGUCCAAGCUGGUCCACCACAUGGACAAGCAGGUGGUCAACCAGUACCACUACCACCACUUCCAGCAGCACCACCACCACCACUACCACCACCACCACUACCACCACCUGCAGCAGCACGCCGCUCUGCUCCAGCCAGACCAGCAGGACCUCCUGAUGGAGGAGCAGCCGGCGGCACUGCACUACACUCAGCUGGAGCCUCCGCCGGGUCACAUGUGGGUGGAGGCCGGAGCGGAGGAGAUGAUGGAGAAGCCUGGCAUCGGGAUGAUCAAGGUGGAGGUGGGAGGAGACGGCGACGACUCCUUCUGCUUCGGUGGCUCUGGAGUGGAGCACGACAAGCGGAGACUAGAAGACUGGGGCCUGGAGUCAGAUGUGGUGGAGGUCCAGGUGGAGCUCGAGAACGAUCCCAUCGACUCUUAAAUCUCUUCACGCUGCAUUUCUAAAAGAGAUGGUUUGAGAGGAGGCCUGGUGAUCUUCUGCACGGGCAGCAGGUGAGAUGGCAGCUACGUGGAGGGUGUGACAGCGUGUGGCGUCACCACCUGCGUCUUGGGACGUCAUACUUCUGAGGAGGACGGCGUUGAGAGCAGAGUGCUCGACUGCAACUGAGAGGCUGCUGGUUCCAUCCCAGCUUCUGACACGCUUGAGCUAGACCCUGGUUUGCUCCUGGCGGUUCAGACGCCGUCCUGCGUCGCAGCCUACUGCCGCCAGUGUCUGAGUGUUGGUCGGAUCUGUGACCCCAAAACUGAGGUGUGUAUCCAGCUGUUGCACCCCGAAAAGUCAGAGUUCCUGAUCCAUGGCUGUUGGGGACAUUUGAAACUUGUCACUGUUCCUGUGCUUGUCCUGAGAACUUUCUUUUCUACUCACUUUUCUAACCUUCAUCUUCAGUUUUUCUCUUCGAGCGUCAGCAGUCGCCUGUUCUGAUUCUAACGCGUCAACCAUUAGCCAAAUGGUUCUCGUCUUAGGUCGAGCUUCUCCUUUGUGCCGAUCCAAGAUCAGCAGUUAUUAAGGUUCCUCAACAUCUCUCUUUCAUUUGUCGCCAGGCUACGGCACCUUUGAGGCCCGUCUUAGUCUCGUUAACGUUGACGUGUUUGCACUUUACCAACACUUGUGGCUUUGUUUCCUCACGCAGCACCUUCCGUUUUAGAUUAGCUCACGGUUGUUCAGCAGCAGAUCAGACAUUAAAGACAUCAUACAAUGCUGUAAAAUAGAAUCUUCAGACAAAUAAAUUAUUAUUAACAAACAAGCAAUUUCACCUUUUGAUUCUCUGUUUUCACACCGCUGAAUUGAAGUUUGAUAUUUUGAUACUUUUUACUGUCAAAGUUCUCUCCCUCGUUAACAAUCCCAGUAACGAAUGUAUCGAUCACAAAUGCACUUAGAGCUGCAGAAUCCGGAACCUUCUUUUGAGACGCGAAAUGUUCCGUCAAUCGCCUUCAUCUGUCUUCCUCUCGUUGCUGUGAUGUAGGAGGUUCUGUGCUGCUGCUCUCCAGUGUUAGCAACUGAAAAUUAAAACCCUGAUGUUGAU